AUGGCUAUGCUCUCCACUGCACUCUCUGGUCCGAAAUCUGCAACUUCUUAUUGCGCUCCCGAGUUCUCUGGUCUUCGCCGUUUAUGUCCAAACAACAACAGCAACAGCAACUCUCAUUCCCAGUCCUUUCUUCGCUUCUCUUCUCCCCGAAAACCUCUUAAAAGCGUUGUUGCCAUGGCUGGCACUGGAACGUUCUUUGUUGGAGGAAAUUGGAAAUGUAAUGGAACGAAAGAAUCCAUUACCAAGCUUGUUUCAGACUUGAACAGCGCAAAGUUGGAGUCUGAUGUUGAUGUUGUAGUAGCACCUCCCUUUGUUUACAUCGAUCAGGUUAAGUCUUCCUUAACUGACAGAAUUGAGAUAGCAGCUCAAAACUCUUGGAUCGGUAAAGGCGGGGCUUUCACAGGAGAAAUCAGUGUGGAACAACUGAAAGAUAUUGGCUGCAAGUGGGUUAUUCUUGGGCAUUCUGAGCGCAGGCAUGUAAUUGGUGAAGAUAAUCAGUUUAUAGGAAAGAAGGCGGCUUACGCCUUAAGCCAGGGUCUUGGGGUAAUAGCUUGUAUUGGUGAACUGUUAGAAGAAAGAGAAGCAGGGAAAACUUUUGAUGUUUGUUAUCAGCAAUUGAAGGCAUUUGCAGAUGCCGUGCCCAGCUGGGAUAAUAUUGUUAUUGCAUAUGAACCUGUAUGGGCUAUUGGUACUGGUGUAGUGGCCACACCUGUGCAGGCUCAGGAAGUACAUGUAGCUGUCCGUGAUUGGCUUAAAAACAAUGUCUCGGCAGAAGUCGCAUCAAAAACACGUAUCAUCUAUGGAGGAUCUGUAAACGGAGGCAACUGUGCUGAACUUGCGAAGCAAGAAGAUAUUGAUGGUUUCCUUGUUGGUGGUGCAUCCUUGAAGGGCCCCGAGUUUGCUACCAUUGUCAAUUCUGUAACAUGCAAGAAAGUUGCUGCUUAA